UUCAAUUCAGUAUAGUAUCGUUCGUCAUGGAGAUCCUACGCUUGGUGCUCUUUAUUAUUUCCAUAACUCUCGUUUUUGGUGAUGGCUGGCAAACGAUGCCGAUUGCCGAUGCCGAUGAUUACAACGGCCUAGUGUCGGACAAUCAGGGACCAUCGGGUGGUAACUGCCAAGACGAUAGAUGCCCCACAAUGGUGCGACCCAAGCCAAAUAGCUUUGCCCAAAAGGCGGCCAAGGCUGCCAAGGAGGCCUCCGAUGCCCAGGUAGAGGCCGGCGCAGCAGCUGCCCGCCAGGUGCAGAGGCUGCUGGCCGAGAAGGCUGCCUGUGCUGCCAAGGCGGCGGAGGCGGCCUGCGUGGGCAAGCAGCAGCUGGUGGAGCAGAUCGAGUCGGAACUGCGCGAGGGCAGGCUGGUGGUGCAGAAGGAGCGAGCCCGCCUGCAGUUCACCAAGGCCACUGCUGCCGACGCCCGCCAGGGAGUCAACCAGGUGGUGGAGGAGAUCAAGUCUCUCACGGAGGUGAUAAAGAAGGCCCAGGAGGGUGUCACCCGUGCGGAGAGCGUGAUUGCUGGGUCCCAAAAGGCGGUGGCCGAGCAGAAGCAGGCGGUGGCCGAGGCCAAAGGGCGCCUGCAGCUACUCAUUCGUCAGGCAGAGGUGGCCCGUGCGGACUACAAGAGCACCAAAACCGCCGUAGAGAAGGCGGCCAGCGCCGCCCAGGAGGCCAGGCAGAGGGCAGGACGGGAGCGCAGAAUGUCGGGAACCACCGAGGACAUGCCGACCUACCAGGGUACCUUCUACAUGGACAAGACUCCCGGCGAAGGCUACACCCCCAACUAAAUUUGAUCUUCACUAUAUUUUUAUUAUGAGAGAUGCUCCUAAUGUUCCUGUGCUUCUCACAUGCUUACACUUUCAAGGUACUCUAUAUAUAUUUUGUUCAUCGUUGAUAAACAGUUCAAAAACACCAAAAAUUAAUAAACCCCAACACUAAACA